AUGCAAACUCCGCAACUGACAAAUGUCGGAACCUUUUUUUACCCGAUUGGCGAGGAUACCCUUGAAGCUUCCAGUUCCAUUAGUAAGAAGCCGCAAAUUAUUGUCUCAAAAUCAAAAGGCCCGUUAUAUUAUACAUUGAAAGACAAUCCCAUCGAGGGUGUUCAGAUCCUGCCAUCACUCAUUCGUCACGACCAAGAUAUCUCCCCCAAACUCCCGGAACUAAGCCAAGAGGGGAGAACCGUGCUCAUCACAGGAGGGAGCGGCGGCAUCGGGUUAGCCAUAGCCAAGGCUUUCAUUGCCGCCAAGGCCAAGCGCGUUAUCAUUCUGGGCCGGCAUGUCGACAAACUCGAUUCAGCGACUGUCGAGCUCUCAAAGGAGGCGGCCACCACUGGGUCACCUACCGUGGCUGAAGCGCGAGUGUGCGACAUAUCCAGCCUGGAGUCGACCUCAUCGCUCUGGACCCGCCUUCGAGCGGACGAGAUCGUCGUGGAUGUGCUCAUAUUAAAUGCCGCUGCCAAUGGCGCGAUGAAACCUCUGCUUGAGAACGGCAGAGAUAACAUCUUGCAGGACUUUAACGUCAACUUUCGCGCAAAUAUUGACUUUACUGAGUAUCUUUAUAAGCAGGAAGGGCAGGCAGUGGGCGGACGGAAGGUCGUGGUCGGACUUUCUACUCUAGCAAUUUACCAAUGGAAUAUGGUACAAGACCGGCCAUCGUACGGACUCUCCAAGAGCGCUGGCACGCUGGUCCUCCAGCAGUUGGCCCGUGCUAUCCAGCCAGACGAUAUGCAAAUCUCCAUUGUCCAUCCCGGUGUUAUCUUGACUGAGGGGAUGAAGGAAGCUGGUGGUACUGAGUCUUCGUAUCAAUUCGAUAGCGUGGAUCUCCCAGCGCACUUUGUUGUGUGGGCCGCUAGCCCACAGGCGGAGUUCUUGCAUGGUCGCUUUGUCUGGGCCAACUGGGAUGUAAAUGAGCUUAAGAGUCACGCGUUUAGGAAGCAGCUCGAGGAGAACCCUAAUUUAUUAACAGUGGGAGUUGAGGGGCUGUCCGAGAGCAAAAACCUCCCAAUUGUGUAA